AUGCCGCGCAAGCCCAACCCGACGCCCGCCACGGAGGCGCUCGCCGUGAGCCUCGGCAUCCCCCCCAGGCCCGCGAGGACGGGGCUCUUCGCGUGUCCCGCCAUGACGCCUGGGGAGCGCUUGGACCUCGUGUGCUUCGUCGACCCCACGUGCGGGAAGGCCCCCGGCUUCAACCACGUGCACGCCCCCUUGGAAAAGUGGGCGUCGCCGUCCGGGCUCAAGCUGGACGCGGAGCAGCACGCAGCGUGGCAGCAGUUCAACUGCUGCCACAACCGUGUGUGCCCCGCCCACCACUUCGCGUACGCGUACGACGCAAACGGCCUCGCCAACGUCCACUUCUUCUGGGACCGCGCCAGCAAGUGGCGUCCCGCGCAUCUCGCGGACGGUCAUCACCGCUGCAUGGGGUGCCACCGGUACUGGGUGGACAAGGGCGUGGAGAAGCCGGAGGACGAGUUCAGGCGGUCUCCUUGCACGCAGCUCCAACUGCAGGCACGCCAGCGCACGGAGCAGGCCAAGUCGGGCGCCGCUGCCGCUGCCGCGCCCGCUGGCCCGUCGCCCAAGCCCGCGCGCGCCUGGCCGAAGGUGACUGCUGCCCUGUGUGCGGAGCUCUACCCGAGCUCCGACGACGACGCGGCGAGCGACUCCAGCAGCGAGUAG